AUGACGGGUUUCAAGAUCGAAGAGGAAAAUGAUCUGAACAAAAAUGGUGGGAUCUCAUUCCGGGAAUUCACUCCAUUCGUGCUGAAACUCAUGAACGUCAACCGAGCAGAGCUGGAACGGCUAUUCCUUGCUGGUGACAUCGAUCGUAAUAGCGAAUUGGACGGUGAGGAGUGCAUCCCAAUGAGAAGCCUCCUGAAGUCGACGUUGAGAGAAAAGAGCGAACUAAUGCUUAAAAACAGAGACCAGAUGAUAAGCGCCGGUAGCGAGAUGACCGACCUGAUGAUGAAUCUGCGAUCACGAGCACUGAGCAACGGACAAGCUACACUAUCAGUGGGAAAAUAA